UGCAGUUACUUUAUGAACUCGCGCUGCACUGUGUCAUAAUUAGGCCAGUUUUAGUUGACGACACAUGCAUAGAAGCGAAGAAGGUACACCACGAUGACAGAAAGCAAGGCUAAACAGGCUGCUCAACAACUUGCCGCUGGAGGACUCGCCGGCAUUGUUGAAGUUAGUCUGAUGCAUCCGUUGGAUUUGAUUAAAACCAGAUUUCAAAUUCAAGGUGGUGCAAAUGAUCCAACCGCGUACAAAUCGCUGGCUGACUGCUUCCGAACUAUAUACAGGUCAGAAGGGAUCGCCUCUUUCUACAAGGGUAUCUUGCCACCAAUUAUGGCUGAAACACCCAAAAGAGCUGUCAAGUUUUUCACCUUUGAGCAAUACAAGAAAAUAUUCCUUUUUGGAGCAGUGGAGCCGAACGCCCUGACGUUUACUUUGGCAGGACUGGGUUCAGGUCUGACAGAAGCGUUUGUUAUCAACCCAUUUGAAGUUGUCAAGGUUAAACUGCAAGCUGAAAGGGCAACCGUUCUAGCAGAGCAACCGUCAGCCUUUGCCACAGCUCGAAUCAUUGUUAGAGAGAACGGUUUUGGAUUGAAAGGUUUAAAUAAAGGUUUAACUGCAACAUUGGGAAGACAUGGUGUAUUCAACUGUGUGUAUUUCAGUUUCUACCACAAUGUGAAAGGAUGGAUCCCCGCUGCAGAGGAUCCUAAACUAGAAUUUUGUCGGAAGUUCGCGAUCGGCCUCGUCUCAGGUACAUUAUCUUCUGUCAUGAAUAUACCGUUUGAUGUAGCGAAAAGUCGAAUACAGGGACCACAGCCUGUCCCUGGAGAAAUUAAAUACCGAACAUGUUUUAAAACCAUGGCAACUGUGUACAGGGAAGAAGGGUUCUUCGCUCUAUACAAAGGACUUUUACCGAAAGUAAUGCGUCUAGGACCUGGUGGUGCUAUUAUGCUGCUGGUGUUUGAAUAUUCAUAUGAAUGGCUGAAAAAAAAUACAUGAUGAUAUUUUAUAGUAUUUUAUAUGUAUUUUUGCCAAUGUUUUAUUUAAAGUUUUUGAAAAUUGGAGUAAUCUGUACCAUUUACCAAAUGCACCUGCUAUGGUAUUCGCAAGAUAUGCAGAUCAUAAUCUUUUUGUCAAUAUCCCCAAAUCACAGAGCAUUCACAUAAUAAUUUUUGUGAUUGUGUUCUAAAAUUUUACGGGACUUUACAAAUCGUAGAAUCGCUUUUGAAGAUGAUAAUAUCUCAAAAACAAAAUUUUAAAAAGUACACCACACUCUUGCUGUGUUUCCAGUACAACCUUACAUAAUUCACAGAAUUUUACUCAUGGAAACUACUAACUACGAAAUUACUAACAUCAA